CCUUCAAUUGCAAAGAAAGAGAAGGAAACUAGAGAGAGAGAGAGAGAGAGAGAGAGAGAGAGAGAGAUGGAAGGCAUGGGGUGGUGUAGCAGCAGCACCAACGGAGGAAUUCCACUGAUUCAUUCCUCAACCAAGAAAGGAAUAAUAAGCAGAUCAAGCAACCAACACUACCGCAACCAACACUACUCUGCCUCUGUCUCAAUUACUACUCUUUUUGUUGUUAAAUCCAUGGCUACCCAGAAGCCUAUUCCCUCUGCCACCAACACUGUUGGCUCUGGAAAGAAAGGCCCAAGAAAUGGCUACUCCACCGGAGCACCCCCAGUCAAGCUCCUCACCAGAGUGGAGCAACUGAGACUCCUAACAAAAGCAGAGAAAGCCGGCCUCCUAUCGGCUGCAGAAAAGUUCGGACUCUCUCUCUCCUCAAUUGAGAAACUGGGCCUCCUCUCCAAGGCGGAGGAGCUCGGCGUCUUGUCAGCAGCUACAGACCCAGGAACUCCAGCGGCCCUGUUCAGCCUCAGCUUGGGUUUGCUGGUGGUGGGCCCUUCUUGUGUGUAUCUGGUGCCUGAGGACUACCCUUGGGAAGUGGUGUUGCAAGUUUUGAUUGCUUUGGUUUCGGUGGUGGGGGGAUCGGCUGCUUUUGCUGCUUCAAAUUUUGUAUCCGAUUUGCAAAAGUCAAGUUAAAGUAGCUACUCAUGGUUUGUGUAUGGCGUUAGCAUUAUCGGUCUUCAAUUUUCAUUGCCUUUUGUGAAAUUCUUUAGUUGCACAAUGAGAAUAGAAUGACAUUUGUUUUC